AUGGAAGAAAUGAAGAAGACUGGUGUCCGCAUGCCCAAAAGCAGGCAAAAACCAGUAAAGACAGAAUGGAAUGCCCGGUCCGUCGUUUUCACCUACUUCCAAGGGGACAUCAGCAGUGUGGUGGAUGAGCACUUCUCCAGAGCUCUGAGCAAGCUCAAGAGGCCCCAAGGAUGGAGUUCCUUGAGCCAGGAUGACAAUGUGAUCCUCAAGAAUGGUGAGUAGAAGACAAGGACAUGUGUCACCAGUCAUGUGGACAAAGAGCACAAAGUAAAAUCCAUUCAAACUAAACGUUCAGGAGAGAUGAAAGAGGUGCCCGUGGAGGGAAAGGGCACCAAUAGCAGCAUGCCUCCAAAUCAGUGGCGUCUCACUUCUUCUUGGACAAAGCCACGGCCAGAAGCAUCUCUUGGAAGUGGUGCCAGCAGCAGCAGCAGCAGCAGCAGCAGCAGCAGCAGCAGCAGCAGCAGCAGCUUGCAUGAAUAUGGUCCUAAGGCUAUAGAUCAGUACCCGCUGUCUAUGCCCAAGGCCCCCUCUGCACAUCCUCAAGAGAUGUGGCAUUUUUCCUCCCAAGAGAGGCCAGACUCCCAAGGGCCUGCCUACUCUCGUGCCUUUCCUGACAGGCAUCUGGCUCCAGAGGUCUACCCUGAUGGGAGACGUGGGUCCUUCCUACAUUUACUCCAGCAGGAUAGAUACCUAAACCGUCCUCUGGAACCUGCAACCAGGGAGACCUGCAACCCCGCCAAGAUAGCCGGAAGCAAAGGAUUGCUCACGAACCUGCCUCCCAACUCAGACCACUACAAGAAAAUCUAUGGUCACGGAUCUGCCAGUUCCAGCCUUGGCAAUGAAAGAAGCCGGUCUCCACAGAGAAGAAGAGACCUCUACUUUUAUUAG